AGCGCUGUAAUGUAACUGUCAAUACCUGUAGACAUGUUUGACAGUGUGAGACAGUUAAAAUUUGCUCCAACUUGAUUUUUUUGGGAACAUCUUGAUCUGAUCUGACCAAUUAUUCCCGAUAUUUCGCGUCUUUUGCACCUGCUGAAGUAGGGAUGGGCAAUUUUUAUGAACAAUGACACUCAGUAUGUUGGACGAUGUCCAACAAGGUCCUAAUUCUGCGGAACCGGCCAGUCCUCCCUACACCGAAGGAGAGGCAGUUUCCAUUCAGUCAGAAUUGCAGGAUCGCCUGCGAUCGAACCAUGCGGCAGAGGCAUCUGGCCGUGUUCAUCCAGAGCUUGCCCCUUUUGCCCAUCAGCUUCGGCUGAAGAGGCAGGCCCUGUCAGCUCUCCUGAGCAACAAGGUUGCCCCAAGCACCAUAUUGGCUCGUCUGAAGCACUGCAAUGCCUCAAAGGUGCGCUCAAGUGAGCAGAUCCAGGCGCCGCUGCAAGUGAAUUCCAGCCUUCUCUGUGCGCAUCGGCAAGAUGCUGGGCAGGCUCCCCAGGAGAAAGCCGCUGCAGCACCGGACGUUGUGACCCUGCGCGCCGAGCGAUGCAG